AUGAUAAAUACAACCCAAGAAGAGGUGGAUAUAAACCCAGAAACAGACAUAAAGAGAAAGAAGAAAGUGUUGAAGAAGAAAACCAAGUCAUCCUCGCACCAUAAUGAUGGCGAAUAUGUAGAAUAUAAACGCUCUGGGUCAUCGGAAAGACAUCAAUCUCCUCCUGUGUAUUAUCCACCACCACCCCCAAAUUAUCAAAUUCCUUACUAUCCUCCGCAUCCAUCGUCGCCUUAUGGAUAUUAUCCUCCAAGUCAAGUUCCAUUCGAUUACAACAGAGGAUUUGUAAAUCCAGUUCUUUCCAACCCACAAACCUCUUCAUCAGCUGAUGAUUAUAUUUAUGAUCAAAAUAGUGGAAAGUUUUAUUUCAAGCCUCGUAGAGAGGCAUUAAAUUGGAGAGUUCUUCUGCAGCUAGACAUUGACAAGAUCAUGGAUCAAGUGGAUAUUGAUACCCUAGAAAGCGUAACCAAGAAUGUGACAUUUUCGAGAAUUGACUAUAAUGAUCUGAGGUAUUUUAACGAAACCAAUUUUGUACAGGUCUUUAGAAUUUCUCAAUUAAUUAUUGAGUACUUGUUAUACGUUCAAAAUUAUUUAUCCACCAAAAAAAAAGAAAUAGAAGCGAAUGUGAAAACAAUCAUCCAAGAUUUUGAGGAGGCUAAACUGAGCUUAGUGAAAAAGUCGGAGGAAGUAGCAUAUUUAAAGAAAGAACUGAAACGAAAAAAGAAAGCGCUUUAUGCUUAUGAAUGUGUGUUCGGAACCAAUCCGGAAAAAGCCAGAAUUUUAUUGAUGUCACAAAGCAAUCCAAGUCAACCCUUACCUCAAACACAACCUCAACAAUCGAGUUCUCGGUCUGAAAGAGAAGAAACUUUUGGUGAACUACGGGGUGAUAUUAAACGUAUGCAAGAAGCGUUAUUCUCACAACUAGAAAACACAAUAGAGAAAAAACAAAGUCAGCUUGAAAAAGAAAAUCAAAAGAAGUUGGACUAUUUUCAAAACGAGUUUGAAAAAUUUACAGAAAGCUUUAAAAAGCAACAAGAAAAUUUAUACUCUACCAUAGCAAAGUCCGUGACUAAGUUUACAGAAAGUGACACCUCCCAAAAUGCUGAUUCAGCGAGUAGAGAUGAAUUUCUUCAACUGUCUACUCAUAUUCAAAACCUUAUUCAACAAAACAAUCAACAAAUGCUCACCUCUUUCGAAAGAAAACUGAACGAUCUCUCUGCAUCUACCAAGCAAGUGAAGAAAGCUGAAAAUGAUCUUGAAGUUGUGGAACUAAAGAAAAAGUUGGACACGGUGAUGAACGUAUUGCAAGCCAAGCAAAUGGAACAAGUAAAACCGGUAGAGGUUGUGGUAAACAAAAUGAGUCGAGUGGAAUCGACCCCAGCACAAGAAGAAACAAUCGUUGUUAAGGCCAAGCCAAAACAUGAAAUUGUGAAAAAAGAGGAGCCCGUCGUUGUUGCAGUUCAAAGAAAGGAAGAGCCUCCCAAGAAAGAAAAAGUAGAUUUUAAACCAAAAGAGCCAAAGAAAGAGCCAAUGAAGGAACCAGUCAAAGCCCAACCUAUGGAAGUUUCAAAACCAAAGGAUGAACAAAAAGACCCUCCUAAAUCAAGUGUAAGAUCGACAUCUCCACCAACGAAAAAUGCAACGAUAGUGGAGAGCAGUUCAAGAUCUUCUGUCGUCAUUGAACAACCUAAAGCGGUGAAUGCUCAACCCGUUUCAGUUCCAAAGCCACUAGAAGAUCCAAAACCACAACCACCCAUAUCACAUCCAUCAGAAGACGAAAACGAUCAUGAUCAAAGUUACACAACAACAACAACAAGUGAGACAUCAGAGACAACCAAUACCACGGCAACGAGCAUUGAUGUUAGCACCCUAGGUCUUAAAGAGAGAAUUUACAGAGAUAUUGAGCUUGGGAAAGUAUUUGAAGAAUUUGAUGACAACAUUGCAUAUCAACAUGAAGAGGACAAACCCUGGCUUACUUCCAAAUUUAAACAAAAUCCAAUCUUUAGAGAUUUACAAAAAACAGAAACACAAACGCUGGUUGAUCACGAAUUACAUGUCAGAGGAAUUGAUUCCGAUCAAAAAGGCAUGUCUGAAUCAGAAUAUGCUCGUGGUUUAAAGUCACUCCAAAAAGAACGUGAUUCUGUAGUUAAAAACAAUCCCGAUCAUUUGGUAAUUAUGAAUGCUUUGAGAGAAAAAGUCGACAAUAUUGUGGCUGAAUCAAGCAAGAGUAUUCAUCCUCAAGUGGCUUUCAGUCAACACAUUGAUGACAUUAUCAACAAGAUACAAAAGAUGAAUACUUUUGAUGAAGAGAAGAGAAAACUUCCAUUAGAAACUCCAAAGACACCUCAAUCACCAUUCCCAGUAGUAGGAGUCAAAGACGAUUCUGAGGACGACGAAAAGGACACACCCACUGUUAAAAUACCUCAAAAACGUAAUACUGAUAUUCACAAGUCAGAGAAUGUUGUAAAAACAAUGGCGGGUGCCUUAAUGCAGGAAGCUCUCAAAAAGAAGAAGGAAAUGGAUGAAAAGAAGGAAAAACCAGUCACUGCGCUCGAUGCAUCCAAUAGUAAACAGAACCAAAUUGAAGAACAGAAAGAGCGGAGAGUGGACCAACAAACUACUCUCAAAUCGAUGGAUUUCACAAAGAACGUUAGUGAUGACGAGCAAGAGGAAGCUAAGAGUGUGAACAAUACAAAAAUUAUUGAAGCUGAAUUUGAGGAUGAACUCAUUGAGGAUGAUCAUGAGAUCAUUGGCUCGACGGUGUAUGAGGAAGUAGGACAUGGAGAUGAAGAUGACUCCCAAUACACGUAUGAAUAUGAAACUGCAACGGAACAAGAUCCAAAUGAAACCAAGCGAGGGGAUGUUACAGUUCAGGAGGAGGAAAUGGAUGAAUCUUUUGUAAAAUCUUUGAAGAAUAAGGAUACCAUUCAGACCUUCUCAGCUGUCGACGAAGAUUCUGAUAUUUCUGAAGCACGUGUUGGCGGCAAUCAGCAGCCAUUUAAGAGCGCACCCAACCUACAGAAAGCUAGUACCCACUUGGAACCAGAAGAAGAGAGCACAGUUACGAAAGUGGUAAGCAAAGUUUCAAAGCUGAAAGCUCACUCCAGUGAUGAAGACGACAGCGAUGAUGACGACUUACCAUUCACAAAAGGAAGUUCAUCUCUGACCAACGCUGCUCUUGGCAACAAGUUUAAAAGUUUGAACAACAUGUGGGAAGACAUGAACAAGAAGAAGAAUGUAUCGGUGGAUGACAGUUUGGAUUUACCUGGGUCUGACGACUUUGAUAUUUCGUCAUUCAAGCAACAGGUUCCUACUUCCAAAAACACUGCACGUGCUGGCGCCUCAAUGCUUUCGUCAGAUGUUUCUGGUUUUAUUAAAACGCUUAAAGAGGAGGAGGACGAUUUAGACACCGAAGAGCUGUAG